AUGUCAGCGAACAUCCGGGCAGAAGGCACGGACGACGAGAAAGAUUCGAGGGUCUUCGCAGGUGCUGCGGACAUCACUCUUCCGGAAGAAAAGAUGAGAAAGUCUGCAAGGGCAGGUCACGAGUCUUUCCUGGAAGAUGAAUCGCUGCGGUGCAAAAAUGUGAGGCCUCGUCAAGACAUGGUCCGCCAACUCGGCAGCACUGCCGGUGCGAGCUCCCAGCGAGUCUCACUACACGGUCAACGUCGGUCAGUCUCCUUCGAGAGUUCUGGUUCCUCGAACCUGUCAGCUUCGUGGCACAGCGCUAAGUCCGAGACGAGACGAAGGGCAUUGCCACUGCAGCCUGGCCCGGUGGCAUCACAAACGCGGGGGCCCCGCGUCUCGGGCAAUAGAGUUGUUGUGGAGAACGAUGAGAGGCUCCAGCCGGCUUAUCCAAAGCCUGCAGAGCAUGCUGGGUUUGUGAUUCUUCGAAUCACACCUAAGCACUUCAGCCCCCUGGGGACGACUUUCCGGGAUGUGCAAGUUGGCUUUCAUUCGAACAGCUUUGUUGUCAGAGCGCUUGACUGCGAAGGCUAUACCUGGACGGCUUCCUCAAGUAGCCUUCCGGGAGGCCUGGUGGUGGACUGCUGCAAGUUCAAGAUCGAUCCGACCGGCAAGGAUGUGACUAUUCAUCUCUGCAAGGCAGAUAGGGAUCCGAAGUGGUGGAGCGUGACCUGCCUAGAGCUAAAGCGCCCAUAUAACCAGCACAAACGGCCAGAUUUUCCUAGGCAGCACAAGGCUUCGUAG